AUGACUAGAGUUUCUUCCCUGCCUCGGGACGUCAGGCAUGAUAGUUUGCUUCUGCAGGCCGACCAGCCUACGCAGCUGGACGAGCCAGCCACUACAACACGGCUCGUGGAUAAGGACCAGGCAGCUCGGGAUGGCCCACGCCGGCGGAAGCAAGGGGACAAGGAGCGGGAAGGGGUAGAUCCAGAAGCAGACGCUGCUGGAUCAGAGGUGCCAGCGGAUGUUGACAGGGCCCACCCCUGGGCUUCCCCGCCGCUGCCGUCCCAUGCUCCUUCCUACGUGAGCUUCCCUAGCCCUGAGCCUGGUAGGACCUACUCGCCGGAUGGGCAGGACGGUGUUAAGCAGUACCUGUCACGUCUCAUCAUUCGUCCCGAGAGGCCCAUGGGGCGCGGGAGGGGGAACCAGAAAGCUGAUACCAUUUAA